GUUCCUGCUGGGACGUGGCGUCGCCGCAGCCCAGCCCCUGAGCGAGCGAGCGAGCGAGCGGCAGCCUCCUUCGCCUCUGCCCUCCUCAUUUGUCUGUCUGUCUGUCCCCGUCUGGCGGGGGCUUGCCCGGCUUCUCCAGCGCUCAAGAGGCUGGCAACGGGAGCCCACAGCGUCUGACUGUCUUACUUGAAGCUCUGCGUCUGAGCGAGGAGGACGCACGUCCAGAGCGCCUCUGGCCAUGGACAGCUUCUGGGAAGAGAACGGCACUGCUGGCCUCUUUCCUUUCCCUGAACGCGGGAACAUCACCGCCACCAGCACCACAGACGGCAUGAACGCGAGCCCCAGCUUGGCUCCGCCUGGGGCGCCCACCGCCAGCUUCUCGCCCCGGGAAGGCGGAAGCCCCUCGACGGAGUUCUGGAACACUCCCCUGAACCAGGGACUGAGCGUCUUCGUGGGACUGGCUUUGUGCGUGACCAUGCUGGGCUUGGGCUGCACGGUGGAGCUGAGCCAGCUGGGCGCGCAGCUGAGGCGGCCUCUGGGCUUGCUGCUGGCGCUGCUCUGCCAGUUCGGGCUCAUGCCCUUCGUGGCCUUCUUGCUGGCCCUUGUCUUCGCCCUCGACGAGGUGGCCGCCGUGGCCGUCUUGCUCUGCGGCUGCUGCCCGGGAGGGAACCUCUCCAACAUCAUGUCCCUUCUGGUCAACGGGGACAUGAACCUCAGUAUUAUAAUGACUGCGUCGUCCACUUUGCUUGCUUUGGCCUUGAUGCCUCUUUGCCUGUGGAUCUACAGCCGUGCUUGGAUCAACACGCCAUUAGUGCGCCUGUUGCCCCUGGGCGCUGUCACCCUGACCUUAUGCAGCACUCUGCUCCCCAUUGGCAUUGGGGUUUUCAUCAGAUACAGAUUCACAAGGGUGGCAGACAUCUUGCUGAAGGUUUCCUUAUGGUCUCUCCUGAUGACCUUGGUGAUCCUUUUCAUUCUCACCGGUACUAUGCUGGGUCCUGAACUGUUGGCUACUAUCCCUGCUACUGUCUAUGUGGUAGCUGUGCUGAUGCCCUUAGCGGGCUAUGGCUGUGGUUAUGGCAUAGCUACAUUAUUUCACUUGCCACCUCACUGCAAGAGGACAGUGUCAUUGGAGACCGGCUGCCAGAAUGUACAGCUCUGUACCGCUAUACUCAAGUUGACUUUCCCUCCAGAGCUCAUAGGGAGCAUGUACAUGUUUCCCCUGCUCUACGCCCUCUUCCAGGCUGCAGAAGCUGGUCUGUUUGUAUUGGCCUAUAAAAUGUAUGGCAAGGAUUUCUACAAACAAGAGCCUCUAGGAGGGGAAGAAGAAGAAGAUACAGAAAUUUCCUACAAAAAACUCAAGGAAGAGGAAGUGCCAGAUACUUCUUAUGGCACAGUGACUGCUGAAGGCCAUGCCUCAGUGCUCAUGGAACCCACACAGACUGCCCUCUAGAGGAAGGGAAGACCUGAAUGGGAAAUCCUGUUUUAGACUAGUGUAGCAAACUGUAGCAAAGUGGGGGUGGGUGGGGGUGGGGAUGAUGACAGGAAGCAGCAUGGUUUGUAACCAGGCCAAUAUUUUUCUCAUCUCUGACAACCUCCCAAAAUAUUGCAAAGAAUCAAUAUGAGCCAUUACAAUAAACAUAGAACAAAGAAAUGGAAGCAAGGAAAAAGGCUGCAUGUUGAAAGAGCGGGUGUAUAAGGUAAUUUUAAAGAUUAGAGUGAGAGGGAGGAAAGAAAAGAACAAGGGGGAAAUGCUGGUAGUAUUUGUCUAGUGUAACUGAAUGUCACCAACAUUUGCUGUUUUUUAAAAAACAAAGCUGUGUAUCUUGCAUAUUAUUCAGCUUCUAUGUAUGUGAAA